AUCAUGGUAGUUGAACUUCUGUCCUCAUGACAUGAGCUCUCUCAGUUAUCUCCAAAUAAAAUCAGCUGAUUUGGUUUGGAAACACAAAAUUCACGUUGACAAUAUGACAGAAGAACUGUCAGGUGUAACAAUUGUUAUAUUUAUUGCCGCUGGUGUUCUUACUAUUUUAUUGUUGUUCAUUUUUGCAAAACGACAAAUUAUGAGAUUUGCUUUAAGAUCUCGAAGAGGACCUCAUGUUCCUAUUGGACAUGAUGCUAAAAAGUCGUUAAAAAGAGAAAUUGACAGGAGAAUAGAAGUAAUACCAAGAAUUCAAUAUGAAGCUCAACUUAUUAGUGAUCCUAGGUUGAUCAUGGAACCUAGAAGUCAAGUGCCAUCACAUUAUUAUCGACUUAAAGCUGUAGAUGAUGUGAAAACACUUGAAGCAGAAAUUACAAAAUAUGACAAUUGUCUGAAAAGACAUCCAACAGAAAAUUUACGUGCAUAUUUACUCACCACUUUAGCAGCUCCUUUAAAUGGAAGUGGACAGAGAAUAAUUCAUCAAUUUUGUGAUUUGUAUGAGCAUGCUAGGCAUGAUCCGACUGAAUUUACUGAUGAAGAGUAUCAAAUUUAUUCAAGACUGUUGCUCAAGCUGAUUGAUGCUGCCCGUUUACUGAAAUCAUACCCAAAUAGUCGCAAAUCUAGUCCAAGUCGAACACCUAUAAAGAAAAACGUCGAUACAAAAAGAAAUAUAUUGGAGCCAAGAAUGAGACCACCUGAAGAACAAGUAUUGACUGGGUCUCGUCCAAAUACACUCACAGUUAUGACUUUGGACAACACUGAAACAUCAGUCUAGCAUUAUGAAUACCGUCACAUACAACAUAUGUGACGAAAUUAUUUUAAGAAUAUAAUUAAUUAAAAAAGAGCGGUAUAUUAUCGCUUGAUGCACAAUAUACAAUAUGUUUCAAAAUAUAGCCAGUUUUUAAAAAUAUUUGUUAAAUUAUUUUUCUUAUAAAUUUAUAGGACUUUUAAUAGAAAUAUAGCUUGUCCAUAAUUCAUCUAGACAUUUCUCUUUUUUUAGAGAUACUAAAGCGUUGUGAAAAACAAUUUUGUACGUAUCAGAAAGAACACUAGUUCUCAUAAAGUUUAACCAUUCCAUUAUCUGAAAAUAUUAAUGAUUAAUAAAUGACUGAUAUUAAUAGAUAAUAA